UAAUGAAGUCCUUUGUUAUCUUUGUGAUUCUAUUAGCUAGCAUUAUUUUGCCAAGCACUUGUAUUUAAAUUUGCUAAUUUAGAAAUUGAAUUAAAUAAUUAAAAUGUUGUUUCAGAUUGCGAUUGCUUAGGAUAAUUUAAUUGCCCUUGUGGAAAUAAAGAUGUAAAGAUUUCAAUAUAAUUAGAUUUUGUAUGUAAUGAGAAGUGGAUAAGAUAGACUUAUGUUUAGGUUGAAUAAUAAGGAGAAAGAAUAUAUUAAAGAACUUAAUCAGGAAUAAAAAUCAAAGUAAAAACAUAAAUGAA